AUGGAGCACCUGAAACUGUUUCUUUCUACGUUCAUGAUGGUUAGCUUACUGGCCCUGUUCCUCGAGCUCGGUCGCAAUCUUGUUCUUGAGGAGGCCCUGAAGGGGGAAGCCUUCAAGAAGAGGUAUGAUGAGUGGAUGGCCAGGUAUCACCGCACAUACAAGGAGGAAGCCAUGAAGAAGAGGUUCGAGGAGUGGAUGGCCAAGUACCAUCGCACCUACAAGGACGAUGAGGAGAAGGCGCGGCGCUAUGAGCUAUUCAAGGACUGUGCCAAGAUGGUUGAUAAGCUUAACGUGUUUCCAGGUGGGGCGACCACAAACAACUUUUGCGACUAUUCUGAGGACGAGAGGCAAGCCAGCUUAGGGGCCGAGUAA